CCUAACCAUGAUAGAAAUACAGAACAUGAUCAGAACCAAGCAAAUAUUAUCUCUUAUCUAUCUCACUAUUGCACCUACCUUUCCAAUCUCCGGCGACAGAACUAACUUUCCGUUAUCAUGACAUCCUCUUCUUCAACAUCGUUGACCUCCUUAGUGUUCACGGUUCAAAGGCGUGAAUCGGAGUUGAUUGCACCGGCUAGACCUACACCUCAUGAAUUCAAGUAUCUCUCAGACAUAGACGACCAAGAGGGUCUACGGGUCCAAAUUCCGUCGAUACAGUUUUACCGGAACGAACCGGGGAUGAGAGGAUAUGACCCAAUUAAGGUCAUAAGGAAGGCAAUAGCAGAAGCUCUAGUGUUUUACUACCCAUUUGCUGGUAGGCUCAGGGAAAAUCCUGGAAGGAAGCUAGUGGUUGAGUGCACCGGCGAUGGUGUCUUGUUCAUCGAGGCGGACGCCGAUGUAAGCCUGGACCAGUUCGGUGAUGCACUUCAACCUCCAUUCCCUUGCUUAGAGGAGCUCCUUUACGACGUCCCCGGAUCUGAUGGUAUUCUUGGUUGCCCUCUGUUACUGAUUCAGGUGACCCGUCUGAUAUGUGGUGGAUUCAUUUUCGCCCUCCGGUCGAACCACACCAUGUGCGAUGCAACCGGCUUGGUCCAGUUCUUAUCUGCUGUGGGUGAAAUAGCACGUGGCGCACGGCCACCCUCCGUGUCUCCCGUGUGGAAGAGGGAACUCCUCAACGCAAGAAAGCCACCACAUGUGACAUUUUUGCACCACGAGUACAAUGAGUUGCCCGAUACGAAGGGUACACAAGCCUCUCUUGACGACAUGGCCCACCGAUCUUUCUUCUUUGGCCCCGCUGAGGUGGCCGCUUUGUGGAAGCACGUGCCUCCGAACUUCCACUCGUGUUCCAGAUUUGAGUUGUUGACGGCAUGUCUUUGGCGAUGCCGCACCAUCGCUAUCCAACCCGACCCGAAUGACGAAAUGCGUUUAAUGUGCAUCAUUAACGUACGUGCCAAGCUCCGACCGCCAUUACCGGUCGGAUUCUAUGGCAAUGCGUUGGCUUAUCCGGUGGCAAUAUCGUCGGCGGCGAAUCUAUGUCAGAACUCGUUAGGUUACGCGUUGGAGUUGGUGAAGAAAGUGAAAAACAGUGUGAACGACGAAUACAUGAGAUCGGUGGCGGAUCUGAUGGUGAUGAAGGGGAGGCCUCCAUUUACGAUGGUGAGGACCUAUCUUGUUUCGGAUCUAACCCGUGCCGGGUUUAGAAAUGUGGAUUUUGGGUGGGGGAAGGCGGUAUAUGGUGGGGCAGCCUUGGGGCGGGUGGCUAGCUUCCAGAUACCGUUCAGGAACCACAAAGGAGAGGAUGGGAUUGUGGUGCCGAUUUACUUGCCUCAGCCGGUUAUGGAGAGGUUUGUGAAGGAGAUAGAAAGGAUGAUUAAGGAGCCUACCAUGGAUCGAAGUGACAAUACUAAUGCCAUCAAAUCCGCUAUGUAAAUUAAUGGUUUAGAUCUCCAAAUAUAAAGUAGAAUGAGGGUCUGUGUCUUCGUUAAGAGCGUCACCUGGCUGUCGAUGGAACUGUCUAAGGCGUCAUUAUUUUUCUUUGUAUAAUUCUUGAGUUCACAUCUUCUGCAGCCAGCGGUGAUGUGCGGUAAACAUCAGACGGCUGAGAAUGUCUAGACACAAGCCUAAGGGACUCUCAGCCACCUAAUGCUCACUAUAUCAUUACAGCGAUUGCUGACGAUUUUCAUGUGUUCGUUUCGUUGUUUGAUUAAUGCCACCAUUGCAUGAAUGUAAUUCCAAUUGCUUGGGCA